CGGAACCCCGGAUGGAUGUCUGAAUAGAACACCCCUCUCUGUCCUAGGAUUGAGAUCAAGAACCUACAAAAAGUAGCGACCUAUGUGAGAUCAAAAAUAGUUUGCAAUGAGGACGUACUUAUUUAAUUUGAUAUUCGUCUCAGAAACGAUGUGAUAACAGAAAGGGCCAUCUUUAAACGGACUGUCAGAAGCCCAUGGCAAGCAGCUGUAAAUUUCGUUUAUGAAGCGUACCAUGGCUGCUCGAUCAAGCCACCAUGAAGACCGAAAUCUGCAGCGCCUCCGGGAACGUGAGAGGAGGAACCAGGAGGCCCACCAGGAGAAGGAGUUCUACCUGAAGAUCACCCCCCUCUUUGGGGAGCCCUACAAGACAAAUAAAGGCGAUGAGCUGUCCAGUCGAAUCCAGAGGAUGCUGGGUAACUACGAGGAGGUGAAGGAGCUGAUCGGGAACAACCCCCACCAGACCCUGUUCGGCCGGCUCAAGACCCUUCCUCCGCCCGGGUCCUACAGCAGGCCCGGCCGACCCCCGCACGCGGACGGUACGCAAGCCCCAUUCCAGAACCCCCCCCGCCCGGACCUUCCCAGCGCCGCCUCCGCCCCGGCCCCGAAGAAGCAGUCGGGCCUGGGGUACGACCCGCUCCCGCCCGGCCGCAGCCCGUCCCCGUCCGACCGUCCCGGGAGCCCCGGCCCCCGCCGGGAGAGGAGCCAGGCGUGGCCGGACAUGGAGGAGGAGGAGGAGGGCGGAGGCAGCCCUCCCCCCGUCCUGCCCACCCUCUCCCCGCCGACUGAACCCCUGUCCCCCCUACAUUCCAGCAAUAACAGUGAUUCUGAGCCCCAGGAACCCGACGACGCGGACUCCCCCCGCGGCGACGGGGGCGCGCCCCGCCCGGAGGCCCAGGACGUCCCCCCUCUGCCCAAUGAGGGCCCCCCGCUCCCGUCUCUGACCUUCCCCCCGCCCCUGCCCUCCAAGCCCAACCUCGUCAUGCCCCAGAAGCCCACUGCCUACGUCAGGCCCCUGGACGGCCAGGACCAGGUGCCCAGCGAGUCCCCGGACCUUAAGCCCUCCCCCGAGGGCUUCCAUGGGCAGUCCUACGAAAGCCUCCCUGACCUGAAGAGCAACAACAAGCCCAGUCUGUCCAAGCUGAAGAUGCCACCCCAGCCUAUUGAGGCUUUGUCAAAUGAAGCCCACUGUGUGGAGGAAAUUCUGAGGGAAAUGACCCACUCUUGGCCGCCCCCGUUGACGGCCAUUCACACGCCUAGCACUACGGAGCCCUCCAAAUUCUCCUUCCCCUCUAAGGAAACGCAGCACGUUCAUUCGAGCCUUUCAGGACAAAGAUGCUACGGAUCGUCUCCGAAGGUGCCACAGCCGACCGGCCCGCAGGGAUCCUCGACGGUCCAGAGCACCAACGCCGUGUCGGCAAAUUCCAGCGGGGGCGAGUCCGGCACCUCCAGCGAAUCAGAGAGCACCUCCGGGUCGGAGUCGGACAGCGAGAGCGGGGGGAGCACCAACGCGGAAGUGCCCCCCCCCCACGGGAACGAGCCCCCACCACCCACGACUGAUGAUGCACCGACAGAAAAUAAGUGGCACCUACAUAACUGGAUAAAAAUCAACCAGCCGCACUCGAAUGCAGACAGCCAGGUUGACAGGGGACCGGUUCUCAGCCCGGUUCCCAAGCAACCGCAUGAGGAGGAAGUGGAAGCCAGUCCCGCAAAGAACUACAAAUCCCAGACCCCCACGCUUCCACCCAAGUUCAGUGACAAUGAGGCCAAGCCAGUGCAGGAAGGUUUGCACGGCCAGCUGGGCUGCCGCAAGUCCCCCACACGCGCUGACAGCCGGGCCCAAAGAAAGACUGUGGGUAGCAAGCACCCCUCCAAGGCGGCCAUGGCUCCUCGGACCGAGGAGACCAAGCCGGGCCUGAGGGUGGAGAGCGUGGAGGUGGCGCCCCGCGACGCGGACCGUACGUUCACAGAGAGGCCGAAGGUCAAAACGAAACCCGGGCGCGAGAAGGCCGGCUCCAAGACCAACGGCAAGAAGUCCGGCAAGCGCGGCUCUUCCGGCGGGAAGAAGGCCAAGGAAUCGGCGCCCGAGGAGGAGCCGGCGGCCGUCGCCGCGGCACCCAGUCCGGGGCGUGUUCGCCCGCCGCCGGCCCUGCCCGUCUCUCACGCCGUCGGGUCGGAGAAGUCUGCGGAGAAGAGGCGGAGGAAACCCCGGGCGCAGUCUCCCGCGGGCGAGGGGAAGCGUCGCACGUCGAGGAAGGGGGAGCCGAGCCGGCCCGGCGCCCUGGUGGUGAAGGUCAAGCUCAGCUUGCUCUCCCGCGUCCCGCAGCUCCAGGCCCAGACGGCGGAGCCUGCCGGCGCCCCCCAGGACCCCGCGGACGGGAAGAGGCCCGAGGCGGAGAGGGGAGACGGCGGGAAGGCCCCCUCCUCCCAAACCUGCCGAAAGAGAGAAGCUGAGAAGGAGGGACAAACUCUCCCCAGAAAAUGGCCAAAACUGGACAAAGAAGCCAAGCCUACCAGCACCAAUCAGAGUUCCAGAAAAAACAAGGUACCCAACGGCACGGGGAAGGAGCGGGAGAAGAAGAAGAAGGAGAAGAAGAGUCAGCCGCUCGCUCAGGACCUCCCCAAGGCGCCGGGACACAAGCGCCGCACCGCGGAGGCCGCGGAGGCCAGCAAGUCCCGGGACGGCAGGCAGACCGGCAAGCACAAGAAGAGCUCCGCCAAAUGCCCCGACCGCCCCAAAACUGGCAAGAAAGCUCCGAAAGGCAGCUUCGCGUUUCCUGUUCCUGUCCAGCCCGCCGAAGGCCCCGCUCCCUCUCGGCCGCUCCUCAAAUUUGAAGACCGGCAGUAUCCUGUUGAGUAUCACAUGAAGGAAGCCAAAAAGCUGAAGCACAAAGCAGAUGCCAACUCCGAUAAGGUCGGUAAAGCUUUCGACUACCUGGAUGCAGCCAUGUCCUUCGUUGAGAGUGGGAUCGCCAUGGAAACCGACCCUCAGACCCCAAAGUCGGCGUAUACCAUGUUCUCCGAGACGAUGGAUCUGAUCAGGUUCAUUCUGAAGCUGAAGAACUCUAUAGAUCCAUCUUCCCCAGCAUCUGACAAAGACUUUGUGGUGUUAUGUAUGCGAUGCCAGUCCCUGUUGCAGAUGGCCAUGUUUCGCUACAAACGAGAAACGGCACUUAAAUACUCCAGAACAUUAUCAGAACAUUUCAAGAAUUCCUCGAGGUCAGUGCGAGCCCCUUCGCCCUGCGUUUCAAAAAGCACGGGCACACCUUCCCCCAUGUCGCCGAUGCCGUCCCCGGCCGGCUCAGCCAGCUCUGGGCUGGGAUCCAGCCACGGCGCUGCUGGUGGCACGGUGGUGAUCCCCCAGGUGGUUCAGCAGAUGGCCUCGUCCUACGUCAACAUCACCGCUCUCUUCCUCAGCGCACACGACACCUGGGAGCAGACCGAGGCCCUCGCCCAGGGAGGCAGCGGCGUGCUGCCUGAGCUGGACUUUGCUCUGGGACCUUUGAGCCUGGCCUCCAGCAUGAGCCUGCUGGUGCGUCACACCCGGCAGGGCCUGCACUGGCUGAGACUGGACUCCAAUGUGGCGUAGCAUCCGGCCUGCUGACGGCCCUGAGCAGGGCCUCCAUCCCUGUCCUUUCCUCCUUCUGUUUAAUUAUUAUCUCCCUGGCUGCCCCAAGAUAACAUGCAACCUGCCCCAUUCGCACUUUGUCCAUAUAGAAAACAAGCCCACUCUCGGGUUGUUGCCCACCUGCAGAGUGAUAGGGAUGAGGUGUUUUCUGUGCCAAAAAGAAACGCCGGGUCCACGAUAACAGAGCGGUCCUCGUGCGUUCUCCUUCCAUCCACAAGUUCUCGCGUUAGGUGGAACCUCCCUUCAGUGGGGGGGAUGAUUGUGAUUGGCCCUCAGAGGGGCCCUGGGGCCACAGGCAGGGUGGAUGCUGCCUGCACGGCUGGCAUCGUCUCCCGCAAGCAGAACACACGGCUCCCCACAGCACAGCCUCUGUACAGCUGGUUCCCCCUGUAUAAGGGCCUUUCUACAGCUGGUUCCCCCUGUAUAAGGGCCUCUCUCUCUACAGCUGGUUCCCCCUGUAUAAGGGCCUUUCUACAGCUGGUUCCCCCUGUAUAAGGGCCUCUCUCUCUACAGCUGGUUCCCCCUGUAUAAGAGCCUCUCUCUCUAUAGCUGGUUCCCCCUGUAUAAGAGCCUCUCUACAGCUGGUUCCCCCUGUAUAAGGGCAUCUCUCUACAGCUGGUUCCCCCUGUAUAAGGGCCUCUCUCUACAGCU